AAUAGGACCGAUUUCAGGUCUUUCUUCUUUAUUGAAUAUGGCCGACAUUUUGAUACCGCUGUCAUGAAGAUUUCCAGUGACAAAUUCUAACUUUGUAGUUCUUCAUGCACGGUUUUAUGUUCCAAUAAAGUUUUAUUUUUUUAAUUCCGUAGACGGUGUUUAGUGUAAGCUACUAUUUUUUAAAAUAUGGCAGCUGAUCGCGAAAUAGCUGCUGAAGACAGCAUUAGAGUCGUAUGCCGAUUUCGGCCACUCAAUGACUCUGAAGAAAAAGCUGGUUCCAAAUUCAUCGUGAAAUUCCCUUCAGGACCAGACGAUAAUUGCAUUUCCAUAGGGGGUAAAGUAUAUUUGUUUGACAAAGUUUUCAAGCCCAACGCAACCCAAGAAAAGGUAUACAAUGAAGCAGCCAAAAGUAUUGUAUCAGACGUACUUGCUGGCUAUAACGGAACUAUAUUUGCCUAUGGUCAGACCAGUUCAGGAAAAACACAUACCAUGGAGGGUGUCAUAGGAGAUCCAGGAAAACAGGGUAUAAUACCGAGAAUAGUCAGUGAUAUAUUCAACCACAUAUAUGCAAUGGAAGAGAAUCUUGAAUUCCACAUCAAAGUGUCCUAUUUUGAAAUCUAUAUGGACAAAAUCCGAGAUCUCUUAGAUGUUUCAAAAGUGAACCUGAGUGUUCAUGAAGACAAAAACAGAGUCCCAUUUGUAAAAGGUGCUACUGAAAGGUUUGUGUCAAGUCCAGAGGAAGUAUUUGAAGUCAUAGAGGAAGGAAAAUCAAACAGACAUAUUGCUGUAACAAACAUGAAUGAACAUUCAUCUAGAUCUCAUUCAGUUUUCCUGAUAAACGUUAAACAAGAAAACUUAGAAAAUCAAAAGAAGUUAUCUGGAAAACUGUAUCUUGUGGACUUGGCCGGAUCUGAAAAGGUUUCCAAAACUGGUGCUGAGGGUACUGUGCUUGACGAAGCCAAAAAUAUUAACAAAUCAUUAUCAGCCUUGGGUAAUGUGAUAUCUGCUUUGGCUGACGGCAACAAAUCCCACAUCCCUUACAGAGACUCCAAAUUGACUCGUAUACUACAAGAGUCCCUGGGUGGUAACGCAAGGACAACAAUUGUUAUUUGCUGUUCACCUGCCUCAUUUAACGAAAGUGAAACGAAGAGUACACUUGAUUUUGGUAAAAGGGCAAAGACAGUCAAGAAUGUUGUAUGUGUCAAUGAAGAGCUCACUGCAGAAGAAUGGAAGCGUCGCUACGAAAGGGAGAAAGAGAAGGUGGCUAGGUUAAAAGGAAAGGUUGAAAAGCUUGAAGCGGAGGUCAAUCGCUGGCGGUCAGGCGAGACAGUCCGCCCAGAGGAACAAGUCAACCUGGUGGAGAUCGAAGCUGUCACUCCUGUUACAUCGUUCAUUGAAGAGAAACCUCCAGUUGCACCCGUACCGGUCGCGGUGUCGAGCGCAGUAGAAGACGCAGCCAUGCAGGGCAAGUUGGAGGCGCUUUACCAGCAGCUGGACGACAAGGAUGAGGAGAUCAACCAGCACUCGCAGCUGGUGGAGAAACUCAAGGAGCAGAUGAUGGAGCAAGAGGAACUCAUCGCCUGCACGAGACGCGACUACGAGGCGCUGCAAGGCGACAUGAACCGCAUCCAGCAAGAGAACGAAGCCGCUAAGGAGGAGGUGAAGGAAGUUCUGCAGGCGCUGGAAGAGCUCGCCGUCAACUACGACCAGAAGUCGCAGGAGGUGGACAGCAAGAGCAGGGAGUGCGACCAACUGUCCGAGGAGUUGCAGUCUAAGCAGAGCGCGUACACGACCGCGACUGCUGAGCUACAACAGCUGCGAGACCUGUCCGCUCACCAACGCAAACGUAUCGCGGAACUGCUCACCAACUUGCUUCGAGACCUCGCCGAGAUCGGCGCGGCCGUCGGCGGCUCCGAGCUGGACUUCAAGUUGAAUGUGGACACGGUCGGGAAGCUGGAGGAGGAGUUCACCGUCGCGCGCCUGCACAUCAGCAAGAUGAAGAGCGAGGUCAAGAACAUCGUGCAGCGCUGUCAUUCGCUGGAGUCUGCUAACAUUGACGCGAAUCAAAAGAUUGAGGAGUACGAGCGCUCGCUGGGCGAGUGCCGGCUGCUGAUCUCGCAGCACGAGGCGCGCUGCGCGUCGCUGGCGGAGUCCAUGCGCGAGGCCGAGAACAAGAAGCGACAGCUCGAGGAGGCGGCCGACGCCUUGCGCGAGGAGUGCGCGCGGUUGCAGGCAGCGGAGCGGGUGCAGCAGGCGGCGGCGGAGCAGCGCGCGGACACGCAGGUGCGCGCGGCGCUGGAGGCGCAGCUGGAGCAGUUGCGCGCCUCGCACGCCACGCAGCUGGCGGCGCUGCGCGACGAGCUGGCCGCCAUGCAGCGCCAGCACCAGGAGCUCAAGGACACGCACCAGGAGCUGAUGCUCGCGCGGCAGCAGCUGCAGGACGACUACGACAAGCUGAAGCGCGAGGAGACAGACAAGUCGGCCAAACUCAAGGAGCUCAUCCAAAGUGUGGAGAGACGCGAGCAGGCUCGUGCCGACCUCAAAGGGCUGGAAGACACUGUGGCUAAAGAGUUGCAGACGUUGCACAAUUUGCGGAAAUUGUUCGUACAAGAUCUGCAGGCGAGGAUAAAGAAAUCCACGAAUUCCGAGGAGGGUGCCGAAGAGGAGGGCGGCUCCCUCGCGCAGAAGCAGAAGAUCUCGUUCCUGGAGAACAAUCUAGAGCAACUGACGAAGGUGCACAAGCAGUUGGUACGCGACAACGCGGACCUGCGCUGCGAGCUGCCCAAACUGGAGAAGAGACUGCGCGCCACCAUGGAGAGAGUCAAGGCUCUCGAGACUGCGCUGAAGGAGGCGAAGGAGGGAGCGAUGCGCGAUCGCAAGAGGUACCAGUUCGAGGUGGACAGGAUCAAAGAGGCGGUGCGCGCGAAGAACCUCGCCCGAAGAGGCGUUCAGGCACAAAUUGCGAAACCGAUCCGCGCGGGCGGCGGGCACCUGGUGGGUUCGGGCGCGGCCGGCGUGGUGCGGCCCGCGCCCGCGCAGGACAUCAAGCGGAAAUCCAUCAUUGUCGGCGCACGCGACGAAAGUUGAAGAGAUAGCCGUUACGUCAUAGAGAAUCUAAAUGAAACUUCAUAAAUGUACCUAGAAUAAGGCGGCAAAAUAUUCAUUCUCGGAAAUAUAUCCAUAAUAUAAUUCUACUUAUAUGUUUAUGAAAAGCCUAAAAAUAAGCUACAACAAAAUAAUGAAAAAAAAAGUAUAGUAGUUCUCUAGGCUUAACGUUUCGAGCUGUCUAAUCUUAAAGUCAAUAAGUGCACAUGUAUUUAAAAGAUUAUAGCUUCUAGCAAUCGUCAGUCUGUGUCUAUACUGAUUCGCUAUAAAAAAAUAAAUUAAAAAGUGAAAAAAAUUACAGUAAUAUAAUUGUAAUGUAUAGGCACAGUUUAAACUUACAAGUUAGGCAUUAGGUUCCUCAUGAAAAGUAUUAUUUUGUCUACUCUUUGAUCGAAAGUUGAAUCUUUGGUGUCGCUUAAUAUUCGCACGAGUUAAAAAAGCGAUGCGUUAAAACCUAGCGUUAGCGGGCGUUGCGUAUAGUAUGAAGUUACAAUAUGGUUUAUUUCCAACGCUCAAAAUUGAAAAUGCAACACUGCUCGAUAAAAAAGGGUCGUGUAAAUGCAUUUGAACGCUUUUUUUAACGUCCGUUAAAUAAACUCUCGUGCGAAUGAGGGCUUAGAUCAAUACCAGUGGUACGAGAUGCACACCUUGCUUAACGAUGAUAGUUUUCGAGUGACGAGAUACUUUAACACUAAAGUAAAAUGAGGCUUUAGACAAAGGUUUGAAGUGAUUUUACUCUUAUGAAACUUUUAGGUGUGCAGUACGGGUUGUUCCAUUCCUUUGCAUGCCCAAGGGAAGCAGACAAAAUUGAGUUCUUUGAUGUUUAGCAUAAGGAACGUUUUACAAACUUACGAUGCUCUGUGGAACCUUGGAUCAUAAUGGAACAAGUCUUACCGUACUGGGGUACAGAUGAAAAUAAAUAUUUUUUAUGAAAUGACAAGUAUUAAAUUUAUUUUAAACGAAAGUGGCUUUCUUGCAUUUUUUUUUUGUAAACUCAAUAUACUGUAGUCGCGUCUAUCGGGAAGAAGUGGGAGACACAUAAUGUCAGUACAAAGAAAUCACCAAGCCAGUUACCAGUGUAUUUGCAGACAAACCAUUUCUUCUCCGUUAGAUGCCAGAACUUUGCUCGAUGCUAUUUAUCAAUAUGAUAAUAAUACGCUGUGAGUUACUUGCAAACUUGCAUAUGCUGCCGCACAAAUUAAGAAACAAAAAAGUAAAAAAAAAAAUUAAAUUAAAUUAUCACAUUAACCUCAUGGUUGUUGCAUUGCAAGUGUGGUGGCAAAUGCAUACCCGGAGUGCAUCUUCAAUGUGUAGUAGUUUAAGCUUCUUUUAAUAUAUAUUUUUAUAUAUUGUGAUAAGAGUUGUUAUGCCGACAUGCGAGCAUUUAAUAAGUUAAAACGGAACAAUAACUCGAUGUGAAGGUGUCAAUGUGUGUUUUAGGUCAGGACUCGAAAAUGUAUAAGAAAAUGUUUGAAUAUAUUUUUAAACCGGGUCCAGACGUGUGUAACGCGUAAUGUAAUGCAACAUGUAAUGUAAUAUGAACUCUACGUGUGAACGGCACUACGAGCAUUACAUGUAACGGCUGAUCCAUCGACUGUCGGUUUUUGCGCGAACGCAAAAGCGCUCGCAACUAUUGGAAACUGCUCUUGGAAUUCGCGUAGAUAAUUCCUUUGAGUUCGUGUGCUCUCCACAUUACACGUAAUCUUACAUAACGCGUUACACACGUCUGGACUCGGCUUUAGUAACUUCUGUAUCCCCAUGGGCUCGACAGCGUUGGUCUUGCGAGCGUGCGUGCCUGGGCGACUUGCUGCAAGUAGCAAGUUCACGGCUUCCAGGCACUGAUUGCGCCAGAUGGAUUCACGACAUUUUAGUGGGCGAUUUUUGUAUUCACAACAAUAUGAAAAUCUCUUUCAACUAAAAUAAUACUCUUUUUUGAUACAUCAUUGCGAAAAACUACUGUUUUUUUUUUUGGUUGCAGUCCACUCAGCGUUGUUACAGCUUGGCAAAAAUGUGUAGAAACGGAACUAACUUUUUUUUCUCUCUUACAACACUAUUCAACUUGUCAGUUGUUAAAAGCUGUCAAGAGUCUGUCAAUUAAUAAUCGGCAGUGAAAUAAUAUUAUUGUGGCACAAGAUGAAUAUGACAAUCCGUAGUGUUACCUGGUAUAUAAUAUCGCGUUUAUUAGAGAUGUCUCGCAGAAUUCGAAGCCAAAACGUUGUUGUCGAAUCUGGACAAUGUUUACCUAAAAACGGCUGAGAUGACAGUUUUGUAUUCAUUUCAGAGUACUAUAAAUGUUUAGCUCUGAAGUUAUUAUACAUGUUUUGUAAGUGUUUUCGUGAUUAUUCUGUCGGCUUUGAAGGUUAUGUUGGUUACGUUAACGUUUCUCGUAUUUGUGUUGCCAUAUUGGCGACAGUGGCGCCCCAUGAUUUCUACACUUUUUGCCAGGCUGUACAUUUGACAUGGAUGCGCAUCGUCGUUAUUUUAGACCGUCAUUUAAUAUAGUGCUCCUGUGUACACGUUAGCUUGAGCUGUGAUUUUGUGACAGAGUUGCGCUUGCACACGGUAAUUGUAGUCACGUAUUUAUUAAAUAAAAGCUUCACGUGAAAGCUUUCUUUCUAAGUAGUACACGUCCAUUGCAUACGCACGGUUCAAGUUUGCCGAUUGUGUUUUAUUUAUCGACAGAUCCCCUGUGCUUAUGAGUUGUUUUUUUAACUAUAUAAUUAAUUACAAGUCUGAUGCGAAUGCGACUUUCUUUUUGUUGAAGUUCUCUAUUUGCUUUUAAGAUGCAUUAGCUUCAUAGUAGAUCUGUAACUUAUGUAAGUACUUAUGGAAUAUUCACGUCAGGCCGCAGUCCGGUGCGGGGAGUUGUGGAACCGCUUCAGCAAACCAAAGAUGAAUCACAACCAUUACGUUUAUUGAUCGAGAGAUUAACUCAUUAUUACCAACUGAAAUUGUUAUUAUAAGCAGCGAUUUACUCGACGGUUCCAGAACUCCUUCGUGUGUUGCAAUACAUAUUUUAUCAUUUAGGUGUAAAGUGUAGUAAAUUAUUUCAUACUUAAGUUAUAUAGACUUGAUUUAAAUAUUUUUAUUUAUUGUAUUGUCUAAAUUAUCACUUUUAUGUUUCACUUUUGAAGUGGUAUACGCUUUUUACAUACCUCUAUUUUUACAUUUUAUAUCAUGAUCAAAUACAUAUUUUUUCAUUCGAAAUUGGGACUCGCCUACAGAGACGCAUUCCACGUGGAAGGCAGUUUUUGUUUGUCUAUAAGUUCUUCCUCGUUAUGUGUAGAUAAAAUGAGGCUAUCCUCGGUUUCACUCGCCUGUUGCAUAGAUAGCUCAAAGUGGAGGUGGGGAGCCCGCGGCACCCCGACCGACAGGCUUGCCUUUGCACCAAGUGAUUUAGUUCGUAUUGACAUCUUUUGUAUGAUGUAUUUAAUAUAUGGAAAAUUCUCAAAACGAGUGUUUUCUUGAUUUUUAUUUAUUAUAAAAAUAAAAUUAUGAAUUUAAUUUGC